GCUUCACAUAAUUAUGAUUUGAGCGUUUGCCUGUUCGCCAACUGCCCUCUCUCUCUCUCUCUCUCUCUCUCUCUCGCGCGCGCGCCCCGAUCUCGAUCUUCUUCUGGCGGAGUAGAGGAUGCAGAUGAUGCUCUCCAAGGCCUCCUCGGCCAUGGCCUCGAUUCCUUGCACUAGGGUGAGAAGCGUAUGUGUUUGGCCAAGCAUGAAGCAACUUUCUUUUAGAAAGGACCUUUUAUAUGGGGUUAUGCGACUCCUAUCUACACCAUUGAAAACAUUGCGUGGAGCUAGUCGUUCGCUUAAGGUUGCUCAAUUUUGCAGUGUCGUCAAUAUGUCCUCCACAUUGCAAAUUGAACUGGUACCUUGUCUUCGUGACAACUAUGCAUACCUCUUACAUGAUGUUGAUACGGGCACAGUUGGUGUUGUUGAUCCUUCUGAAGCUCUACCAGUUAUCGAUGCUUUAAGUAGGAAAAACCGAAAUUUGACAUAUAUACUAAAUACUCAUCAUCAUCAUGAUCACACAGGUGGGAAUGAAGAAUUAAAAGCAAGGUAUGGGGCCAAGGUGAUUGGCUCUGGAAUAGAUAGUGACAGAAUUCCUGGAAUUGACAUAACUUUAAAAGAUGGAGACAAAUGGAUGUUUGCUGGCCAUGAGCUUGUGGAGACUAUAAGGCUUCUCAAAAUGCUUCAGUUGUUUUUGUUUGUUCUACUAUUUGAACACAAACCUGCACUAAAAAACAAAGCAGUAGAUGCAAUGUCUCACUACUUCCUUUUAAGGCUUUUCAACCUGAUUUUUUGUUUCCCAUUUAAACUGAAUUCAGGUCAUAUUAGCUUCUAUUUUCCUGGAUCAGCAGCAAUAUUUACUGGAGAUACUUUAUUCAGCUUAUCGUGUGGCAAGCUUUUUGAGGGCACUCCUGAACAGAUGCUGUCUUCCCUUAAAAAGAUCACUUCUUUGCCAGAUGAUACAAACAUAUUUUGCGGUCAUGAGUAUACUUUGAGUAAUUCUAAGUUUGCUUUGUCCAUUGAACCUAAGAACGAGGCUCUCAAAUCUUAUGCAAGUCAGGUUGCCCAUCUACGGAGCAAGGGCCUGCCAACGAUUCCAGCUACAUUAAAGAUGGAGAAGAUGUGCAAUCCAUUCCUUCGUACUUCAAGUACAGAAAUUCGGCAUUCGUUAAAAGUUCCCAAUACAGCGAAUGAUGCCGAGGUCUUGGGUAUCAUUCGAAAAGCCAAGGAUGAUUUUUAGCAGCUCUGCAAUAAAAGCUCAAGAAAAGAGGGGGGUGGAAGAGUUCAUUUUAGUGUAUAUGAUGAUGAUAGGUUAGCACAUGCCAUAUGUAAAAUAAGUUACCAAGAUCUUUGUAUCGAUGAUUUCUUGUGAGUUCCAUUAUCAGUUCAGUUCUUGAGAUUCAAUUUGCACAUCUCUUGCCACGAGAAAUUGAUUAUUUCUUUUUAUUAAAUGAAGAAAAAAGCAAAAGAUGAAUCAUUUGAUCUUGUUUUGAAGUUUUGUAGAAAGGCUUGGAUACGGAUUUCAUAUAAACUAUGUGGAAAUGAAACACCUGGUCUCGAGGUUUGAUUU